AUGGACGGAGAUACGAACGGCAUUGAGGCACAGGAAGUGCGCGCCACACGACCACAGCGUGUUAGCGGUUUACGUCGGUUCUUUCAAGCGCAACAGCUAUACGAAAGCGUACAGCCGCUAUUCGUGAUCACUUUUUGGCACGGUCUCACGCCGUUCUUUAUCAAAAAUGACGGCGCCGGCAAUAAGAAAUUGAAGGAAUCUAUUUUCGGUUAUAUGAAUACGUUUCUGCACAUCACCAUCUAUGUGGCAUGUUAUGUGUUGACGCUGAUGAAUGAUUUCGAAACGGUUGCGGGCUACUUCUUUAAUACCGGCGUCUCACGUUUCGGUGAUACAUUGCAAGUUUUGAGCGGUUUGAUCGGUGUUACGAUCAUAUAUAUUACAGCGAUGCUACCGAAGCACCGCCUAGAGUACAGUUUACGCACAGUACAGAAUAUUGAUCUCAUGUUGCAUAAAGUUGGUGUAAAAAUAAUAUACACCAAAUUGUUGCAUUACUCUUAUUUUAGUAUAUUGCUGGUGUUUGCCGUGGACACAGUGUAUUCGUGCGGUAAUUUUAUGCUCUUGAAGUCGGCUAACUUAGAACCGUCAACGCCACUUUACAUCGUCUUUACAUUGCAACACACGGUUAUCUCGAUCGCUACGGCGAUGUAUCACGGUUUUGUGAAAAUGCUGGAAAUGCGACUAACUAUGUUGAAUAAGGUUUUAAAGAAUCUCGCACAUCAAUGGGACAAUGGCAUUGUCAAACCUUUGCCGAAGCAACACUCACUACAAUGUUUGGACUCUUUCUCCAUGUACACCAUAGUCACAAAUAAUCCUUGCGAGAUUAUACAGGAAUCUAUGGAAAUACAUCAUAUGAUUUGUGAUGCCGCAUCAACGGCAAAUAAAUAUUUCACCUAUCAACUACUAACCAUCAUUUCGAUUGCAUUUUUGAUCAUCGUUUUUGAUGCCUACUAUGUGCUCGAGACAUUGCUGGGCAAAUCGGCGCACGAAAGCAAAUUCAAGACUGUGGAAUUCGUGACUUUCUUUUCAUGUCAAAUGAUUUUGUAUCUCAUUGCGAUCAUAUCCAUUGUGGAGGGCAGUAAUAGGGCUAUUAAAAAGAGCGAAAAAACCGGUGGCAUUGUGCACUCACUACUCAAUAAGGCAAAAAAUGCUGAAUUAAAGGAGAAGUUGCAGCAGUUUUCUUUGCAAUUGUUGCAUUUGAAAAUCCAUUUUACCGCCGCUGGACUCUUCAACAUCGACCGCACGCUUUAUUUCACGAUAAGUGGCGCACUCACCACCUACUUAAUUAUACUUCUACAAUUCACGAAUUCUAAUCCACCCGAACACCCGUUCGUGCCGAUGGAAGAGAACGAUACAAUGCCAAUAAGGAGUCUCGUCUCGAAUUUAACAAUUGGUGGAUAAAGCAGACGUUUUAAUGCUAUUUAAAGUAUUUUUCAAAUACUCAUAAGUUAUAUAUUGUAAAAUUUACCUAUAUAUAUAUAUAUGUAUGUAUGCUAUUUAUGUAUCUCUUGUGUAUUUAAUGUCAGAGAUUUGUGAGGCACGUUUCUAUAAGUAUGUAUGUAAUUAUUGAAAUAUAUUCAGAAACUUCGAGGGUUUACGAACGAUUGAAAUGCAAACGAACGUGCAAGCGAUAUUAUGAGUUAUAUAUUUAGAUUCUUUGUUAUAUCUCGAUGUGAUGGAAAUGCAGACUUUAAUUGUUUAACAUUUUUGUUAAGCAUAAAGGAAUUGUUUUAGAUACAUAUACAUAUAUGUAUGUAUAGUGAGUUUUUUAGAAACAGUAAAUAAAGUACAAUUGUGAACGAGCA